AGUAGUAGUGCCUUAUAUACCUCGGCAGGCAAGAAGGAAUAACGUCGGCAGCAUCCAGGAGUCUUGCGUUACAUGUUGAUCCACUCUGUCUAGCUGCAUGCCGCCAUACACAAGAACCACGCCUCUAAUCAAAUUGCGGUAGCCAUGCCGGAAGCGCAAAAGGCUCAGGGGCGGCUGACAAAUGCACAGACCAAAAAGGCGGCGACAAAUCCUUCACCGGCCCAUCCGAGGAACCUCUGCUGUCCGGCGGCUGGGCUGCUUGUUUUCUAUCCGUAACACACAAUUCGCUCCCCUUAAAAGCCAUGGCUUCAUGAUCCUGUCUUUCAGCUCCCCUGCAUGGUUUUGCCGGUUCACCAGGGAGCAAGAGAUAUGCAAAGACCGUGUACACACUGGUGACCAUGCAAGCACGGGAUGAGGUUGACGCCUUCAUCAAGAGCGUCUGGAACGGCACGCUACCCGCCACGCUCGGCACGGCCGCCGUCACGGGCACUUUUUCCAUCCGCGGCACGUACUGCACCCCCUCCAAUCCCUCGCCACCCGGCGCCGCCGACACGCUCGAGAUACUGCUGCACGGCAUCACGUACGACAAGGCCAUGUGGGCGGGCUACGGGCUCGGCGGCGGCGCGUACAACUGGCACGCGCACGCCGGCGCGCGGGGGUACGCGACGCUGGCGCUCGACCGGCUCGGCCACGGCGCGUCGAGCAAGCCGGACCCGCUGGCCGGCGUGCAGCCGGCCAUGCACAUCGAGACAAUCCGACAGAUCAUUGCCGCAGCACGCGGCGACGGCUCUUCCCCGCCCGCCCUGCGCGCUGCGUUCGGUGGCAGGCGCUUCGCGCGCGUCGUGCUCGUCGGCCACUCGUACGGCUCGUACCUGGCGCCGGCGGUGGCGAGCCUGCACCCGGGCGUGGUCGACGCGCUGGUGCUGACGGCGUACAGCACGACCUUCUCGUUCGCGUCGCUGCUGGCGGCGCAGUUCGGCGGCGCGGCGGUCGUGGACCCGACGCGCUUCGCGGGCCUGCCGGCAGGCUACGUGGCGCAGGCCAGCGCGGCGGAGCGGCAGGCGGCGUUCUACGCCGGGGGGUAUGACCCGGCCGUGGCGGCGGCGGACUUUGCGCGUGACGACACGCUGACCACGGGCGAGUUUGGCGGGUUCACGGCGCUGGUCGGGCCCGCGGUCGCCGCGUUUGCCGGGCCCGUGCUGGUCGUGUCGGCGGAUAGGGAUGGGUUGACGUGUCAGCAGCCGCUGGCUGCGUGCGAGGCGAUCCUGGCCAAGUCGCAUGCCGAUGCGUUUCCGUAUGUGACGGAUUACACCUUCUUCGUCCCGCGGAACACGGGCCACGACCUCACGCUGCACUUCUCAGCCCCGAGCACGUUCGCGCGCGUGCAUGACUGGUUGGAUCAGCGGGUGUAG